AUGAGUAAGGAAAAAGAGAAAGAUGAGAUAAGUGAAGAUUACUUAGAAGAGAUAUUAGAAGAAUUUAAUGAAAAAGUAGAAAUUCUAGAGAUAAAAGAAGACAUAGUAAUUGAAGAAGUUGAAAAGAAAAGAAAAAGUAGAAGGAAGAAAGGUGUAAUGGAUGAUGAAGAACUCAACAUUGUGAUUGAUAAUAAUAUCAAGAAGUUUAAUGAAUUUCUCAGAGGAGAAGAUGUAAUAGUUAGAGUCAUAGGGAAAAAGACAGACUUUAUACAAAUCAAAGAAGUCACAAGAAUAAAACACAGAGAAGAUAUUAAUGAGAAAGAGGAUAGUAUAAGUUCAGAGUAUCUAGAAGAGAUACUUUCAGGAAUGAGAUAA